AUGGAGGCUCUAGUAUUUUUGGGACUUUCAAAUAAUGAAUUAUCAGGGACAAUUCCUAGUUGUCUGUCGAUACCAAACUUGACCAUUUUUUACUUAUCAUCAAACAAGUUCUCAUGGGUUUUUCCAAGUAAUUCAUUCUACAAUAUUUCUACACUUGAACUGAUAAACUUGGCAAACAACAAACUUGAAGGAGAGCCACUAGUUGAUGUGAGCAGUUGCACAUCCUUGUCUAUUUUAGAUCUUCAAGGAAACCAAUUCUCUGGAAGUAUUCCCUCAUGGAUGGGUAGAAGACUUCAAAGUUUGCAAAUUUUGAAUCUUCAAGGAAAUUCAUUCGACGACGCUAUUCCUUUUUCUCUAUGGAUAUUGCCUCGCUUACAAAUUUUGAUUCUUGCAGACAACAAACUAGAAGGAGAGAUCCCACCAAUUGAGGCAAAGUUUGCAACCAAAUUUGAAAAAUCAACCGUUUCAGGUGUAGUGUGCAACUCUGAAGAAGAUCAAUAUGCAAUUUGUUACAUGAGCUACAUUAGACAAGUCAUGAAAUCAAACAAUUUGAACGACUCUUACGUACAUGUAUAUUCAAUGGUGAAUGUCGACCUCUCCAAUAACAACUUGCAAGGACAUAUUCCAAUGGAAAUAAUGAUGAUAAAUGGUUUGUCUAACUUAUAUGGAUGA